UUGGAUGCUUAUGCCAAGUGUGGGGAGAUGGCAGAUGCCAGGAGAUUGUUCUAUGAGAUGACUGUGAGGUAUGUUCUUGCUUGGACCACACUGGUUUCGAGAUAUGCCAAAUGGGAUAUGAAAUCAGCUAGUGAGUUGUUUGAUCGGAUGCCUGAGAAGAACCCGGUGUCAUGGACAUCAAUGAUUUCGGGAUAUGCUAGGAAUGGAUUGGGGCAUGAAGUGCUUGCAUUGUUUGCAGAGAUGAUGCUGUUUCAAGUCAGGCCUGAUCAGUUUACCUUUAGUAGUUGCCUUUGUGCUUGUGCUAGUAUAGCUUCGCUUAAGCAUGGUAAACAAAUGCAUGCCUCUUUAGUAAGAAGUAAUUUAAGACCCAACACGAUUGUUGUGAGUUCUCUUAUCGACAUGUAUUCCAAAUGUGGCAAUUUGGGGGCCAGAAGGCAGGUAUUCAAGCUCAUGGGUGACAAGCAAGACACUGUGUUAUGCAACACAAUGAUGUCUGCCUUAGCACAGCAUGGUCAUGGUACAGAGACAUUGCAGAUGUUUGAAAACAUGGUCAGUUCAGGUGUAAAGCCGGUUACGACCACAUUUGUUGUCAUUCUCAAUGCUUGUAGUCAUUCUGGUCUAGUGCAGGAAGGGCAUAGGCUUUUCAAGUCCAUGACUGAUGAUUAUGGCAUUGUUCCUCAUGAGGAACAUUAUGCAUGCUUAAUUGAUCUCUUGGGUAGAGCUAGAUGUUUUGAUGAGUUGAUGAACCAGCUCGAAAAUAUGCCAUGUAAAGCUGGCGGUCAAGUUUGGAAUGCAUUACUUGGUGUUUGUAGAAUCCAUGGAAAUACAGAGCUGGGAAGAAAAGUGGCUGAACACCUUAUCGAGUUGGAGCCUCAAUCUUCUGCUCCCUAUGUUUUGCUUUCGAACAUAUAUGCUGAAGAAGGUAGAUGGGAGCUGGUAGAGAAGGUGAGAUGGCUUAUGGAUGAGAGACAUGUGAGGAAAGAGCGAGCCAUUAGUUGGGUAGAAGUUCAAAGUAGAGUGCAUGCUUUCACUGUAUCAGACUGGUUGCAUCCUCUGAAAGAUAAAAUAUACUCAGUUUUGAAACAGUUAGCUGACCAGAUGGAAGAAGAUGCUUCAGUAACUAACGCUGAGAAUUAG